AUGUCUUCCACCGACCCCUCGCCAAACCGCCGUGGCUACCACGGCUCCUGCCACUGCGGCAAAGUGCGUUAUAUCGCCUUCGCUACUAUACCUCCGCCGAUCGGGCCCGGGAUUGACCGGAAGAACGCGAUGCGGUUCUACAAGUGCAACUGCUCGACGUGCCUCAAGAUGGGGAUUUUCCACAUGCGUUUACCCAACCCCGCGAAGGACUUCGUUCUACUCUCCCCGUCAGAUCCAGCGGAACUUUCGAACUAUACCUGCUUUGAAAAGAACCUAGAUUGGCGCUUCUGCCCCACCUGCGGCGUGCGAUGCUUUACCGUUUGUACGAACGGUCAGAAUGAGGAGAUCGAUCUUGAAGCAAAGCUGGGCAAGCCGAGCGAGGGGAAGAUGGCCAGAAUAUGGAGAAUGGGCGAGGAGAAGUGGGAACCCGGGUCGAAGGGGUAUCUCAGUGUCAAUGCCCAUACGAUAGACCAGGACCAGGAACGGUUCGAUAUGAGGGAGCUGGUCGACAAGAAGUGGGUGGAGUAUCUCGACGGCAAGGAAUGGGCACAACCGCCGCGAUAUGACUAUCCGUAUCCCGGGGGCACAUGGUAG